AUGGAGGAUCAAAAGCAGACGAGUUUCACUUUUGAGAUAGAUAACUUCUCUGAGAAGGAUGCUGCGAUAUCAUCACCAACUUUCUCAACCGGCCGUUUCCAAUGGUUUGUUAGGGUUCAUCCCAAAGGAGAUGAUGUUGACGAUCACUUGUCUCUGUACCUCCGCGUUGCGAAUCCUGAAUCAUUGCCACUUGGAUGGAAAAGACGAGCUAGUAUCUCCUUUGCUCUGUUGAAUCAAUCAGGCAAAGAGAUCUUCAGAAAAGAUGAAUCGACGUCGUACCAAUUGUUCUGCGCUCAGUUAUCAGGAUGGGGUUGGGCAAAUGCAGUGCCUCUUAAAAAGCUUCAAGAAGAAGGGUUUCUAGAGAAGAACAAACUGAGAGUUAAAGUGGAAGUAAAAGUAGUUGAAGUUGUUGAUGAAGAAGAUGCCACUGGUAAUGAGAUGUUCCAACACAGAGGUUUCCACGUUCUGUAUUCUCAGGCUCGUAUAGUUACUAUGCUUUUCUUCAAACACCCUGACAUUGCAGUGAAUGUCAGAUCAAAGAACCAAUUGGUGAAGACAACAUACAUGAAUCUCCUCCUUGGUCUUAUAGAGACACUGGAAAAGCCUACACAUAGCAUCACCGACAGUGAGCUAAGCAACGCUCACAGCGAGUUGAUCGAGCUCACAGACGUAGCGGGAUUCAAGCUAGACUGGCUAAAGACAAAGCUUAAUGAGGUUUCCUUGGAGAGGAAGAAAUCAUAUGGUGAUGAUACUGAAGUCCAAGAACUCGAGGAACACAUCAAGAAUCUCAACGUUGAACUGGACAAGGAGAAGGUCAAGUCUACUACUUCUGCUGCUAAAGUUCUGUCUUUGGAGCAGACAGUGUCGUAUCUUACAAAUCAAAUGUCAGGUCUUAAAGAUGAUGUGUCGGAUCUCAAAUAUGAGGUGUCGGAUCUUAGAGAUGAGCUCAACAAGGAGAAGACCAGUUCUGAUACUUCCGCUGCUGAAGUUUGGUCGUUGGAGAAGACAGUCUCGGAUCUUAAAGAUGAGGUGUCGGAUCUUAGAGAUGAGCUGAACAAGGAGAAGACCAGAUCUGAUACUUUUUCUGCUGAAGUUUGGUCGUUGGAGCAGACGGUCUCGGAUCUUAAAGAUGAGGUGUCGGAUCUUAAAGAUGCGCUGAACAAGGAGGAGGCCAAAUCUGUGUUGUCAUUGGAACACACGGUGUUGAGUCUUAGAGAUGAGCUAAAGAAGGAGGAGACCAAAUCUGAUACUUGUGCUGCUAAAGUUUUGUCGUUGGAGCAGACGGUGUCGGAUCUUAAAGAUGAGCUGAACAAGGAGGAGGCCAAAUCUGAUAUUUGUGCUGCUAAAUAUUUGUCGUUGGAGCAGACGGUGUCAAAUCUUAAAGAUGAGCUGAACAAGGAGAAGGGAAAAUCUGAUACUUCAACUGCUAAAGUUUUGUCAUUGGAACAGACGGUGUUGAGUCUCAGAGAUGAGCUAAAGAAGGAGAAUGGUGUUGUUUCCUCUUGGGAAGUGUUGGAUUACGCAUGA